UGGCCCACAAGGAGAGGAAUUGAACCAAUCUACUUGUGGUAAUUCAGUAUGUCCAUGUUUGCUGCUUUUGUGGCAACAACUCCCUUGGCUACUCAAGGUGGCAUUUUUACAAGGAACGUUCUUAAACAGGAAUCAAAAAGAUCUCUAGGAAGGUCUCCACGUUCGCUUCGUGGAACUAGAUCUAGAGGAAGUCUGAUGUCUCCGUGUAUGACCUUCAACCUAGUGCCUACAGGAAUAGUCCACGUUCACGAACAACUCCUUCCAGUGACCCACUGGAUUGCAGCUUCUGAAUCCGACUUUGGUGGUUAUACCGGUCCCAUCAUUGGGUUACUUACUAUUUUCGCUCUGAUUAUUUUCCUGUCGCCACCCUUAAGAGAGUAGAGCCUAAGAUUUUUUUACUGGUUAAUAUUUGUCAUCCAUGGGGGAUUUCUUUCUUCUAUAAAUUGCGCUCUUUGUUUCUGAGAAGUCGCUUCAUA